AUGAUGAAAGGACCCGUUGAUGAAUCACUGUGCAGAGCAGAAGUAGCAAGGGUUGAGAUUAUGCAUCCACAAUAUGAUGACCCUUUGAGGUUAAUCUUAGAAGGAAUUGAGGAUAAAAGGUGCUACGAAGCCGCAAGUUUGAAGAAGUUGUUAGAUGAACCAGAUUUCUUUAUGGAACCAAUGAUGGAGACAGUUUUGGAGGCUUCUAUGAUGAUCCCUAUCCAUCCAGAUGAUCAGGAAAAGACCACUUUUACUUGUCCCUAUGGGACCUUUGCAUAUCGAAGGAUGCCCUUGAAUCUCUGCAAUGCCCCCGCCACGUUUCAACGAUGCAUGAUGGCCAUUUUCUCGAAUUUUAUUGGGGAUUUUAUGGAAGUAUAUAUGGAUGAUUUUUCUGUGUACGAAACAUCUUUCGAAGCAUGCUUUCGAAGCAUGCUUAAGCAACCUUGA